GUCUCAUUCAUUGGCACGUGCUUCCAUCCACAUCUGAAAAGGCAGGUACCCUGGUGGUCCCCCCUGCAAUUAUUCAGUUCCCCAGAAUUCAAUUGGAGUUGGAGUUCGAUCUUAAUAAAGUCCCCUCGUUCACUUUCUCCUCUUCCUCACGCCUCUCACUGGUCUCCAUUCAGUUCAGCCUCUCAAAAGAGCCUGAGCCUCUCUUGUUCUUCGAUUUCUGUUGUGUGUUGCUCCUUGUUCCUUUCAUUCUUUCUCUUCUAUAUCACCACUUUUCUCUCUUUCUUUUUUGUGACGUCUCCCAAUCUUCCCUGUCUCUAUCCACUCGCGAUCUGUCCCUACAGCCAGACAACCGCACGCCAAGAUGCGAAACCCCUUCCGACGUCGGAACAAGAAGGACAAGGCCGGUAGUGGCGGCCAGAGCUCAGACUUUAUUGUUCCCAUAGAGUUCCGUCCUCCUGGUGCUGGACGCCCACCGUUAUAUCCUCCAACUCGACACUCAGCAUAUCUGCUUGCUCAUCUGCCACCAAAGGUCCUCGAGCGUAUCUUUACUUUUGUUUGCCCGCACGCCCUUGACGAGACUUAUGAUACUUGUGAGGGUAGCGCAAGCACGAGUGACAGCGUGUGCAUGCUAUGCGACCUUCGUGAUUUAGCUCAUUGUGUUCAAGUUUGUCGCGCAUGGCGGCCCAGCGCGGUCAAGAUCUUAUACCAUAGCGUUCGUAUCGAUCCAGUCCACUACUGCCGUUUAGAAGAAUGGCUUGCCGAAAAACGUAAAAAGACCUCCCGCUUCGAUCGCAAUGGUGUCCCUGAGGAUCCUGCUCAAGCUCGUCUCCGUCUCCUCCGACGUACUGUCCGUGAUGAUCCUACACGUAUUGGAAAGUCUGUACAAUAUUUGAAGCUUCCAUACAUGUUGCGCGAAUCCUCCCAGGUUGAGCUUGCCCAGACCAUCGCUGUUCUUCCAAACCUACGAUAUGUCGACUUGCCCGAAGGGAUGUUUUGCGAUGACCCUCAUUACGCGACCCUCCGCCUCGAAGUCCAAGCUCGAUGUCCUAAUCUUCGAAAGAUGACCUAUAUGGGUGGUUCUGAGCGAAGCCUGGCCAUGCUCGCCUCGGGUCAAGUCUGGCCGAAUCUUGAGGUGCUGGAAUUGAAUGACCUCGCGAUUGAUGCCAUGACACUUCGGGCUGUUCUUGGUAGUCUCACCAACUUACAAGCGCUCAAGGUAUCAAACACGCCAGGUCUCUCAGAUGAGGUCCUGUCCUCAUCAGAUGGUCUUCCUACGCUACCACCUAUGAAGGAAUUAGUGCUGAAGGAUACACCGGGAGUGACAUUAAAGGGCCUUGUCGAGUAUCUUGCCUGGCAAGAGACACAGCAAGCUCUGACGGUCCUGACGCUUAAGGAUACAGGUGUCCACCCUGCAAGCUUGCAAGAAAUCUUCACAAUGGCCUCGUCUCUCAAAACAUUUGCCAUUCAGACCAAUGUUUCUGAACAAUUCCCAACAUCAGCCAAUUCACGCCCACUGGCAUCAAGAACGCUCGAAACUUUGCGGUUUGAAGUUUCUUCAUCUUCAGCGGGUGCCUUCUCCAGUGUGACGAUGGGCUAUUACUCAUAUCUUGCGAGCUCCAUCCUCGGCGGCGGAUUCCCCAGACUAAGGCGACUCUACGUUCAUGAUGAAAGCUUCCCUGACCAGUUACAGGGACUUCCACCUCCCAAUGCUGCAUUCGCUGGAGGGCAUGUACGCGCUGGAUCUAAUUCGUCUACGAAAUCCACUCCAGGGUUUGCCUUCCCAUCAUCAAACCUAUCACCAAAGUCAGCAAAUCUUCCUGUGCCUAGGCGGCCCAUGUCGAAUAUCCAACCACCCAGCAAACGCUUCAGCUCUAAUAAUCCAUUCGCUCCUCGCAAUCCCUCGUCGGCAGCUCCCACACAUACACUCGAAGUUUUUACCAAGAGUGACGAGUUUGGAAAAUGGAAUUUUGUAUCAGUUGAUCCGAUGAUCAGAUCUGCUGCGGCACCGUCUCGCCGACCGGUUAGCAGCUACGGGCUGGCGGCCGAUGUCACGGGGUCUGGGUGGGAUCGAGGAGAUGCUCGACGUAGUGUCAUGGUUGGUAAUGGUGCUGGCGUGUUUUUGGCCGUGCCUGGCCAAGGGGGCGACGAUGGUGCGUUCAAUGGAAGCUCUGAUCCAUGGCGACCUCAGAGCAGUGGGGGAUCCCCUCGACGCAGUCGAGAACUGUGGUAGUGGAGUACCUUUCAACAGGUUACGGUUAAUCCCUGUGGGCCCUAGAGGUCUAUUCCGUAAGCUUAUACUAUUAAUGUUUCCUUUGUCACCUGGGCUCUUGGCAGAGGAUUGAAGUGACGGAUGAUGGGGCAUUAUGAGGUUAUGGCGGAUGAAGGGAAGUUGAGAUUGAUUAAUUCUUGGGAUCGGUUGUUAUGCAAAAUACCCUAGCAGUUGUAAAGGAGAAGUUGCUUGUAAUCGCUGGUAGAUUGAGGCAGCCCUAGGUUGACUGAAAGAUCUAUGUUUCUGUAGAUCUAGAAGAAUAGACUUUUGCAA